CUGCCUGAAAACUGUUCUACUCAGAUUUCAUCAGCUACCUCAAGCGAUUCAAAUUGCGGCAAAGUGAGAGAAGAGUGGAGCAGAGAAAGCCCUUAUGUGCCUUCAAGCAACUAAGGCUGGAAGACCUUCCUUUAACAGACUGCAGGUUAACCACUGAAAGCUGACCCAACACUGCAAAUCUUUGAGCCAUGUGGUUCUUCCUGGCUGCCCUGCUGGGCCUCUACUUCCUUCGCCGAUGGUACCGGGAGAGACAGACUGUAGAGAACCUGACACAGAAAUACGUCUUCAUCACCGGCUGCGACUCUGGCUUUGGGAACCAGCUUGCCAGGCAGCUGGAUCUGAAGGGCAUGAGGGUCUUGGCGGGAUGCCUCACCCAGCAGGGGGCUGAGGACCUGGAGAAGGCUACCUCUGACCGCUUGAAAACCACCAUCCUGGACGUGACCAGCACAGAGAGCGUUGCUGCGGCGGCCGAGUGGGUGAAAGAAUGCGUGGGAGACAAAGGGCUCUGGGGCUUGGUAAACAAUGCUGGCAUAGCUAUGCCAAUGGUACCCAACGAAUGGCUUGCUAAGAAGGACUUUGAAAAGAUCAUAAACGUCAACCUCCUUGGGUUGAUUGACGUGACCCUGCAUAUGUUGCCCUUGGUGAGAAGAGCCAGAGGGCGGGUUGUCAACAUAUCCAGUGUGUUGGGACGGUUGGCGAUCUUUGGAGGAGGCUACAGCCCAGCCAAGUAUGGUGUGGAAGGUUUCUCUGACAACCUCAGGCGGGAGCUUCAUGACUUUGGGGUCCAACUCAGCAUUAUUGAGCCCGGUGGUUUCUCUACUCUCGUCUUUAACAAGAUAGAAGAAAGUUUCCAGAAGGUGUGGGAUCAGCUGUCUUCUGACAUCAAAGAAGCCUAUUCACAGCCAUACUUUGAGAACUACUGCAGAAUAUUUCAAGAUAUCCUGAACAGUUUCAGCUCCGACUUCUACCUGGUCACUGACUGCAUAGAACAUGCACUGCUGUCCCGUUACCCCCGAACUCGCUACUCUGCAGGCCAAGAUACUAAGUUCUUCAUACCUGUCUCUUACCUACCAACUUCAGUGGCAGACUAUGUGUUAAGAAGGUAUUACCCUAAACUAAAACGGACAGCAUAGAUAAUUUUGUGUAAACAGCUUUACCAUCCAAAAAAGCCAAUAGGCUGUAGACAGGGCAUAACAGUCAUUGUAGCACUAUGAAUAUUUUUACGGAAAAUUAAUUUUUUAUUUCAAAUGUUACCAAUCAACAUAAAAGAUAAGACAUUGAAAAGAUGGCAAAGACAGAUAAAUCAAUUCAUUUGGGAUGGCAAAAAACGAAGAAUAUGAUUUAAGGUAAAGGUAAAGGUAGUCCCCUGUGCAAGCACCGAGUCAUUACUGACCCAUGGGGGGACGUCGCAUCACGACGUUUUCUUGGCUGACUUUUUACGGGGUGGUUUGCCAUUGCCUUCCCCAGUCAUCUAUACUUUUUACCCCCAGGUACUACGAGAUUUAAAAAGAAGAGGUGGUCUGGUGCUACCAAACAUUAAGUUAUAUUAUCAAGCAGCUGGUUUGGUUUGGAUUACAGAUUGGAUUAAAAACCCAAAGGAUAGAUUAAUAUGAUUAGAAUAUGAAGUGGCUGAUUUGUCUGAAGGGCUGCAUAAUUACCUUUGGGUGAAAAGAAGAACAAGGACACAACAUAAAAGCCAUGUAAUAAGAGACAGUUUGAUACAAAUUUGGGACUCCGUAAGAAUGAGGAUAAAUCCUCCGAUAUCACCAAUAUUGUCACCAAUCAUUGCCUUUUGUGAUAAGAACCUGGGAAAAAUCAAUUACUUUAUAAUUUAUCAAGAUAUGAUAAAUUCUCAAGGAAAGAUAAAAUCAUGGCAAGAAAUUAGUGACGAAGGAAAAAAGAAAUACAAUGGCUGUGAUAUACCUUCAGAAGGUCUCCAGAUUAAAGGGAGCUCUUAAGGAUCAUAGAAACCAACAGAGAAAUUUGAUGGAUUUUGAGAAGAUAAUCAUGCAGGGAAUCAUAUCUUAGGCCAAAUCUACAAACUUUUGCUCCAAUAUGACACAGAAACAGAGCAAGUUAAAAGCUGUAUGCUAAAAAUGGAUGCAAAAUUUGGAAGAAGAAAUAACAUUCCAACAGUGGGGAAAUUUAUACUUUAAGGGCAUAAAAUUUACAGUAAACCAAAUACUAAGAGAAUAUCUUUUGAUGGUCUAUCACCUCAAAAGUCAUUGAAAAAUAGAUAAGUAUAUAGUGACAUUUUGGAAAUUUAAGGAAGCAGGCGGUUCCUUCUUUCACAUAUGGUGGACAUGUGAAAAAACUAAAAAUAUUUGAAAAGAUAUACACACUGAGAUUCAGAAGAUCUUAAAAAUUGGUUUUGCUAUGAAACCGCAGAUUAUGUUGUUGGGAAUAAUACCAGAUAAUAUUGACAGAACACUACAUGAAUUACUUAGGUAUCUGUAGACGGAGGCAAAAGUGGUAACGGUAAGCAAAUGGAAAAAAGAAGAAUGCCCAACCGGGGAAAUCUGGAAAGACAAAAUGUCAAAAUAUGCGGGAAUGGCAAAAUUGAUGAGUAAUAUAAACAGAAGGCAGAUUAAAGAAUUUGCUUACAACAGAUAAAAUUGAGAAAGAUAGGAAUAAGGUGUAUUAGUCCUGUAAAUCUGAAUAUGUGAUACGUUCUUUAACUUGACUGCAAGCUAAUGAGUUGACUUAAUUGGUAGAAUAGAAUGUAUGAUAGAUAACACUGAAAUAUUGUUUAAAAAUCAGCUUGUUAUUGUUAAGAAAUAUGUAAGUAAAAGGUAAUGAUAAAAUAGGGGUAACAAUGACUUUUUCAUUCUUUAAGAUUGGGAGUAGAAAUAGGUUUGAAUUCUGCAUGUGUUGUUUAUUUAAAAAUAUAUACCUUAAAUAAUCUCAAUAUUAUUCUAACAUUUUUAAAGGUUACAAUAAUUAGUUGCAUAAAGACAACUGAUAGAAUAAAGUGCAUGAUAGAGAACACUGAACUAUUGUUAAGAAGUCUGCAUUGUUAUUGUUAAGAAAUAUAUAAGUAAAAACUAAUGAGUGACAAGAUAUUUUUCUCUUUUGGCCAGUUUGGUGUAGUGGUUAAGAGCGUGGGACUCUAAUCUGGAGAGCCAGGUUUGAUUCCCUACUCCUCCACUUGAAGCCAGCUGGGUGACCUUGGGCUAGUCACGGCUCUCUGGAGCUCUCUCAGCCCCACCCACCUCACAAGGUGAUUGUUGUGGGGAUAAUAAUGACAUACUUUGUAAACCGCUCUGAGUGGGUGUUAAGUCAUCCUGAAGGGCGGUAUAUAAAUCUAAUGUUAUUAUUAUUAUUAUUUUUAAAAAAGAUAAGUAGAAAAAGGUUUGAAUUCUACAUGUAUCAUUUACUUGAAAAUAUAUACCUUAAAUAGUCUCAAAUAUCAUUCUAAUAUUUUAAAGGUUGUGAUUUGUGUACUCUAUACUUUGAUAAUCCUUGUAGCACGCUGCUUUUUAUUAGUUUUUCUUGUCCCCUUCCUUUGUUCCCCUUUUUUCUGUAUCCCCUUUUCUGCUUUAAUAAAAAAUAAAAAUACAAAAAAAAUAGUCAUUGUAACACCAAAUAUCAUAAUCGCACUAGGAUUUAAUGGUUACAGGACAGGUUUUUAUUGUUGCUUUGAUUUCUUAGCCCUCGGUUCAUACAACUUUGUCCUUAUUUUCUAGUCCUGUGGUCUAGAAAUAAAUCAGAUGGAAGGGGUCAUCAGUGGAGUGUACAUGCAAUUAAUAAACAGAUCCAUUUUUUUCAAAGCUUGUGAUAUCUCGGGCAUACUUCUUUCUGAAUUAAAGUUGGAGGCGUACUUGAAAGGAACUAACUAAGACUGGGGAACAGGGAAUCAAUAUGCAGCCUUAGUUCUCUUUUGUCUCUGCAUGGUUCACUCUCAUUUACUAUCUUUGCAACAAGUUAAGUUAAUACACUUGCAUUGGUUUCUCUUGCUAAAAAGAGGGCACCUUCCCAGACCCGGCUAGAGUCUGUUGAGGAUGCUACAGUUAGGAAAAUAGCCGUUUCUGUACCCCUAUAUCCAUAUCAUUGUUCUAGGGGUUGAACAAUUGCUGCUACUGUGCUUUGGUUUCAUUUUGCAAAUCCUAUAAUCAUCACUUUUGUUUCUCCCUCUCAGCCCGAGAGCACAGCUGUGUUAUCUUUCUUUGAAGCUCACCGAAAUGACCUUGCACUGUCUGAAAUGUUGCCGUUUCUUUUAUGCCUCUUUCUGUCCUGUCUAGCCGAUGUAUAAACUCCAGCAGAAGUUCCCAGACUUCUUCCCGCACAAACUUGUGGUUUGGGGAGGAGGGCAGUGAUGAUUGAGUAUUUAGAGCUGUACCUUUCUCAAGUGUCUAUUCCUAUCAAGGAAGAGUGUACUGCUUGGAUGCUUUCUUGCUUCUGAGUAAUUCUAUGGACAUAUAUAUGGAAACAAUCUGAUUUCUGAAUAAAAACCAUUUCACCAAGAACCUGUGUCUUGCUGCAAUGGUCCAGGGAUAUGUCUACUAUUUCAUGUCAUCCAUAGCCUGACAGUUAGAAACAGGCCAAUCAGUAGAAUACAACGUUCCAUUUCAUGGAGGUGAACAAAGUAUAUAAACUUCCCAGAUUUGGGGGAGGGGGGGUGGGAACCUGCAUACUAAUGUCAUAUCUAACAUCUGUCAUACUGACUUAUCAAACACUUCACAGAGGAGGGGACAGAGUCCACGGAGUAUUU